AUGAAUCGCACCGAAGUUCAGUUUUAUUACCAAAACGAGCAGGAAUUGAUUCAUUUCGAUGAGAUCGCAAAGGAAACAAACAAAGCACAUCAACUCAUUCAUCACUACAUCGAUUACUCGCAGCUCAUCACCGAUCGUCAUCGAGUGCGUUGGGAGCACGGCGAUUGGUCCGAGAAAACCGACUUAAUGUUGCUUCUGUUGAGUUCUGUGAUGAAAACGGGUCAAUUCAACGAAUACGCAUUUGCAGAUAUCAUUACUCGCUACAAAUACGAAGGCGUUACACUGUUUGAAGAUCAGGCUGGAUUCGGACUGAUCAAAACGCUGAACAUUUUGGCCAACACGGAGCAAUUCGCACACGCUCCCACGGAAUGCAGCAAAACGGUGUGGGAGAAGAGUAAUGAAAUGAAUCUGGAAAGCCAAUGCAUUCCUCACUCCAUGUUGCUUCCUAUUUUGUUUUUUGAUGAUUCGGUUCGAAUAACGGAGAAUGUGAUUGGCUGCUGCAAAACGACGCAUUAUGAUUUGCGUUGCAUCGGAAUUUCGCUGCUUUUAGCUCGCGUUUUGUGUCACACGUUAGCAGAAUUGAACAAAGAAGAGCCCACAAGCCAAACACGAUGUCAAUAUAUGAAGGAAGAAUAUUCCAAUGUGAAGAAGUAUUUCCAAGAGCAGAAGGACCAAGCGAUUAUGGAGCGGAUUCUCGAAGUGAAAGACGACUGGAGCGAUUUGCUGAGUAUUCGCAACGAAAUCGAAGAGAAGCAAUUGUAUCUUUGCCUGAUUCUAGUGGAUUUGAAAUAUAGAGGGGAAGUCUAUGAGUGCUUUUUGUAUGCAGCGUUCUUCUACGUCUACGAUUAUCCUUAUAUCAAUGCGAUGAUGCGUGUAGGCAAUUGA